UCAAAAAUUUCAAGGAGCAAAGCUAGUCAAUUUUGCGUUUUUCCCUUUUUUCCGCCCAGACCGACACAAAAUUUCCCUCCCAACUUCCAACUUAGCCAUUAAGCUGACUACGGUUUGGCCAGUGAGAAAAUUAAAAAACUAGAAUUAAAAUUACGAUGGAAAGUGAAGAAAACAGAGAGAAAAUGUCGAAACAGAAACGAGAUAGGAACCUCCUCGCUUUCACCGGAGCUGCCGCUAUUGCCGUGCUCGCUGUCAAUUUCGCUAUUGCCGCUUUCAACGCUGGCAGGAAAAAACACAAGAAGAAAGAUCUUCGAGGCUCGAAUGUUCAAGUUAAUUUGUCAGCUUCUGAAAUUCUAAAAUUAGCUGAUGGAAUCAUUGUUAAGUCAAAACUAGUCCACGAUGCAGUGGCUUCAGUUCCUCUUGAAAAGGUUACAUAUAUGAACGUUAUUGCACCUCUAGCAGACUUGGAGGCAGAGCAAUUUCCUCAAGUCCAAUCUUGUGUGUUUCCAAAGCUUGUGUCCAGUUUGACAGAUGUGCGUAAAGCGAGCGCUGAAGCUGAGAGGAGAAUAGAUGCUCAUGUUUUGUCUUGCAGCAAACGUGAAGAUGUGUAUCGUGCCAUCAAAGCUUAUGCUUCAAAGGGAGAAUGGAUCGGCCCUGAAGCUAAACGUUAUAUCCAAGCCCUGGUCAGAGACUUUGAGCGGAAUGGAUUGAACCUCACUGUAACCAAGAGGGAGGAAGUGCAAAGAUUGAGAGCUCAGAUUGAUGAGCUAAGCUUGCAGUAUGUACAAAAUCUGAAUGAUGAUAAUACUUUCCUUCUUUUCAGUGAGGCUGAGCUUGUUGGAUUGCCACUGGAGUUCCUGAAGACUUUAGAUAAAGCUGAAAAUGUUAAAUUCAAGGUCACUCUGAAAAGUCAUCAUGUUGCAGCAGUGCUAGAGCUAUGCAAGGUAGGAAGAACAAGGAGAUUAGUAGCUGUAGCAUAUGGGAAGAGAUGUGGAGAUCUCAAUCUGUCUGUCUUGGAACGUUUGGUUGAAACACGCCAUAAGUUUGCCCGUUUGCUUGGCUAUUCAAACUAUGCGGACUAUGCAGUUAAUCUUAGAAUGGCAAAGACGUCAUCUAAGGUAUUUGAAUUCUUAGAGGAAAUCUCUGCCAGUUUGACUGACUUGGCAAGCAAAGAACUUAUGAUGUUGAAAGAUUUAAAGAACAAAGAAGAAGGGGAUCUUCCUUUUGGAGUUGAGGAUAUGUUAUACUAUAUUAAGAGAUUUGAAGAGCAGCAAUUUGAUCUGGAUUUUGGAGAUGUUAAACAGUAUUUUCCUGUUGAUUUGGUUUUAUCUGGGGUCUUCAAAAUAUGCCAAGACCUUUUUGGCAUAACAUUUAAGGAAGUUGUAGAUGUUGAAGUUUGGCAUAAUGAUGUUCGAGUUUUCUCGGUUUUUGAUUUAAGCUCCAAUGAACUUCUUGGUUAUUUCUACCUUGAUAUGUACAAAAGGGAAGGGAAAUAUGGUCACACCUGUGUAGUAUCUCUUCAAAACAGUGCAGUAUCUUCAACUGGUGAUAAGCAAGUAACGAUGAUACCAGUGGCUCUACUGAUAUCUCAAAUUCAGAAAGACAUUGUUGGUCAUCCAAGUUUAUUGAGAUUCUCUGAAGUGGUUAGCUUUUUCCAUGAGUUUGGCCAUGUGGUCCAACAUGUUUGCAACCGUGCAUCAUUUGCUAAAUUUUCUGGGCUAUGUGUUGAUCCUGACUUUGUGGAAAUCCCUGGUCAAUUGCUAGAAAAUUGGUGUUAUGAGAGCUUCUCAUUGAAGCUGAUAUCUGGUUUCCAUAAGGAUAUCACAAAGCCCAUCAAGGAUGAAGUAUGUAAAUCACUUAAAAGAUGGAGAUAUGCUUUUUCUGCACUUAAAUUGAAGCAAGAAGUUCUUUAUUGUAUUUUUGAUCAAAUUAUACAUUCAGUUGAUAAUGUUGACAUUGUAGAGUUAUUCAAGCAUCUUCACUCGAAGGUAAUGUUAGGGUUGCCAAUGUUGGAAGGAACAAACCCAGCUUCAUGUUUCCCACGUAGUGCAAUUGGUUUUGAAGCUGCUUGCUACAGCCAUAUUUGGAGUGAGGUUUUUGCAGCUGAUAUAUUUGCUUCUAAAUUUCGGGAUGAUGGUAUUUUGAAUCAGUAUGCUGGCAUGCAGUUCAGGAACAAAGUAUUAGCUCCAGGAGGUUCGAAGGAUCCCAUUGAAAUUCUCUCCGACUUUCUUGGAAGAGAACCAUCAGUCAAGGCUUUUGUCAACAUCAGAUCUGAAUAUGGUUUGUGAUGGCAGAUCUGAAUAUGGUUUGCAUGAGGAAGAGAUUUUAAGUUUCUUUAAUUUUCUUUCUGAUGCCACUAGGUUAACUUCAGCAGCAUUUUGGUUUCUAUUUCUUGAUUGCCUAGAUUAUAAUUGCCUCUCAGUGCCUGCAAUUUUUGGUUAAUUUCUAUUUGUGUAUAUAAAUAUCAAUAGGCAGGCUUCCAAGUCGAAA